UAGCAAUGUAAUUUACUGUUAUAUACAGCACUCAUUUUCAUUUUUUAAAACGAAAAAAAAAGAGGAAAAGAAUGAAUAUGUUUUUGUCAUGUUUGACGUUUGUCCUAGCAACUGUUAUACUGGUUGUUGAAAAUCAUGAAUGUAAAGACUUUGUCCUUUCGGCAUCAGACCAGUCUCUGAUAGAUAUGAUGAAACAUUACUUGCAUACGUCAAGACGAGAUGAUUGUCCCCAGCCAGGCAAAACAUCCAAUACAGGAGUGACUUAUGUACGUUGGGGAAACACAACUUGUCCAACAGGAGUUGAAUUAGUAUAUAAAGGACAAGUCGGUGGGAAUGAACACCAAAAUAAAGGCGGUGGUGUAAACUAUUUAUGUCUCCCAAAUGAUCCCGAAAAUGGACAACACCAACCAUAUAGCAAUGACCAGGUUUAUGGAGGUGAAUAUCAACUUAAUUCAUCGAUGAAGCCAUCAGGAUGGUCAGUGAGUAAUGACAACAAGGAAGUGCCAUGUGCUGUAUGUUUCAAAAAACGGAAAUCAGUUAUCCUUAUGAUACCAGGUCGGAAGACUUGCUAUAAAGGAUGGACAUCAGAAUACCAUGGAUAUCUUAUGAGUGAUCAUACAGGACAUAAUAAAAAGGACUACGCAUGUGUGGACAUCAAUGCAGAACCGUUAGACAAUAAGAAAGGAAAUGAAAACGGAGCUUUGUUUUAUCCUCUUCGAACCAAAUGUGGCAGUUUAAGAUGUCCUCCGUAUACCAAUGAAGCAGAUGUUCUUUGUGUAGUGUGUACAAAAUGAAAUCAUUAAAAAUGAACAUAUUUUCUCAA